AUGCCAAUAGAUUCGCAAGAACUAGCCAACCAAAUCAUCCUUGCAAUAAAAAAUUCUGGCAUUAACGUUGAAAAGUCUUCAUUUCAGCUAAGUUCAAUGAUUUUUGGAUUUAAAAUUGUUGAAAAAAUCGUAGAAAGACAAAAAUGGAGUAGUGAAGUAAGCAAUAUAAAUUCGGGAUUAUUUGCCGAACUCUUUACAAGUUAUGCAACAGUUUUUGGUCUGCCAACAAGUAAAAAUACUUCAAAUAAAACCAUUCAAAUCGUUAAUUCAUGUUCGGCAAUUACCUUAUACUACCAUCUCUUAUUAGGAUCAUUUCAAGAUCUCGAACAAUUUAUUUACGAUAUGAAUCGACUCUUAUCUGACUACUUUACAAAUAAAAUUUCAGAAGGCGAAGUUAAUCUUGCAAAUAAAAAAACUCUCGAAUUUCUUCAACAAAUGUUCAAUUUAAAUCACUUUGCCGAUAUCGAAAUUUCAAUUUUACCAUUAGAGUGUGGUCUUAAAAGAACAUACGAAAAAUUCAAAGAUAUUCUGGAUGCUACAACGAAAUUAUGCGCUCUCUGCAAUACAUUUUGUGAAACUGUAAAGAAAGACCUCCAUCAAGUCAAAGAUUUACAAAUUGAGUAUGAAAAAAUUUACACUCAAGCAUUUGAAAUCAUUCAAAGGCUUACAAAACAAUAUCAGGACCUUCGUAAUACAAUAAUCUCAAAAUUUAGUCCAAUAUUUGAGCAUAAAGAGUUCAAUGAUUUCGCGGAAUAUCUUAAUAAAUUAUUAACAAUUCUGUCAACAAUCGCUUAUGUUUCAAUCCUUACAGCCGAGAACAAACCAGAUUCAUUUGCAAUGAUUCAGAAAGUGUUAGAUGAGCUUCUUAUUCGCUUCAAUAUUAUCACAAACAAAUCGAUUAAUGUCAUGCACUUCAAAGGAGAUUUAAGAAUCACAAUCGAAGAAAUAAGGAAAGCUUAUAAUGAUGUGGAAUUGAUUGUCUCUCCUCUCCAAUCCGCAUUAGUUGCUGUUAUUCAACAAAUUCCUCCACCAUACAACUACAUUUCAGCGAAAAGAUUGACUAAAAACUUCCAGGAACUUAACGGUCUUUUGAAUAGUUUCAAUAGUCGUCUUAAAACAGUUGAAGAUACAAUAGUCAAAUUAAUAUUUCAACCAAAGCUAAGUAACGAUGUUUCAUUCGAUGAAGACUCGAUUGGAAGCAGCCAAGAAUAUGAAAACAGUUUAACAAUUCCAGCACAAAAACCUCAAACUCCAAAUCAAUACCAAAAACAACCACAAAUUGAAGCACCGUUACCUGAAAACAAGACAUAUAUCCAGCCAGCACAAAACCAAAAGCAAUCACCAAUUCAAACACCAGUCGAAAACAAAAUACAGAUUCCACCAGCACAAUACGAAAGACCACCACCAAUCCGAACUCCUGAACACGAAAAUAAAAUACAAAUUCCUCCUGCACAAUUUCAAAAACAACCACAAAUUCAAGCACCAGCUGAAAACAAAAUGCAAACUCAACCAGCUCAAUACGAAAAACAACCACAAAUUCAAGCACCAAUCGAAAACAAAAUACAGAUUCCACCAGCUCAACACGAAAAGAAAUCACAAGCACAAACUCCAGAACGCGAAGUUCAACCAAUAAAUCAGCCAAUCCAAAAUCAGGCGAAGCUUCAAACCCAUGAACAUGAGCAAAAACCAAAACCACAGACACCUGUAAACGAAAAUAAAGUUACCGAAUUAAAACCGACCGAAAUUAAGCCUAAGACACCAAGUCCAAAACCAAGUCCCAAAGAAGAACCAAAGAAAGAAGAGAAAUUCUUCGAGGUUACAGAAAGACUUGUUUUAGAUUUGUUGGAUACUGAAAAAGCAAUUGACGAAGUUAUCAAAUUAUUCCCAAAGAUAACCCAGCUUUGCAAUUUCCAUUUAGGACAAUUCACAAAUCUUAUUAAUAAUGAAAAAGAUGAAGAAAUGAGAGCUUUAUACAUUAACCAUCGCUCAAAUGUUUACUUUAGCUAUUCAAACUUCAAUCAUUCAGUCAAUAUUCUUCAAGCAAGCAAAGAUAACUCUUGCUUUAGGAAGUAUGUUGCUGUAACAAGCAUCAGCCUUUUACUUGCUCAAUGUACUGCAAAUUAUGAUCCAGUAGUUAUUGUUUCAUUGAAGAAGCUCCUUUCGAUUCUUGCAGUUAAGAAUGGCGUCCUGUUCUUCCAAGAAAAGGAGAUGAUUGUCCAAAUUUUAUCUCAUGUCAUUCAACAUGUUCCUCAAAAUGAAGCAUUUUCUCAAUACAUCAUACAAUUAUGCAUGAAAAUCAUUAUUGACUGUGAAUCAAAGAUUCCAAAGUCCGUGAAUCCUGAUUCGCCAAAGACAAUCAUCCCGUGCAUUGAGCAAAAUUACAAUAUCGGUGUGGCAUUGAAUGCAAUAUCAGCUGUUCUUCAUCAUGAUGAAAAAACGCAGCCAAUUGUUUUAUUACUUGAAAAAUAUUCAUUUAUUUUCACUCAUUUCCCUCUGUAUUACAGGAUCACAGCACAACUUUAUAUCAUGCAAGGAACAUAUGAAUUCUCUAAUACAACCAAAUCGAUCGAAUUCAUUUUCAAACAGAUGGAAGGAAAACAUGAUGAACUUAUACGUAAAACGCAAAAUUCAAUGAAGAUUAUUAAGUCUUUCAUUCAUAAUCCUCCUCCAGCAGGAACAUAUGAUCGCCAAUACAUCAAUGAUCUUCUUGAGGCCGUUCACAACGGAUAUAAGGAUUCAAUUGUAUUCUUCCAUGCUGCUCAAGAAAUUCUUGAGAAAUCAAAUGAUCAAGUAACUGAAGUCAAAAAAGAUAUCAAUCAUUUGGCGGAAUCAUUAAAGGAAAUCAUAAGACUACUUCUAUUUAUAACAGAAAUUACAACUUCGAUCAAGUUUGAAGUACCACCUAUAUUCUCAGUUAUAAUUAAGACCGAUUUCCUCCUUAUUAUUCAAUACUUCCAAAUGAUACUUUCGAACUUUAACCAGUAUUCUUUCCUCAUAAAUGAAAUAAUUUCAAGGCUAUUCUCCAUCGCAGAAUAUCUUCAAAACUAUCCUUCAUUGAAGUACCUGGUUGAUUCAAUUCAUGCAAAUGGUGAUAUCCUUGAAAAAUGCGGCAUUAAAGCAUCACUCAAAGAGCAUGAUACAAACUACGAUUUACAGUUUGCCAUCAAGAAUAUCGAAGAGAUUUAUGAAGAAAUUUGUCCAAUAUGCGAUGAAUUUGCUCAAGAAAUCUUUGCAUCUGAAGGCAAAGUAGAAAAAGCAAUUGAAUUAUCUGAGAAGAGUGAAUUCCAUAUCAAGAAAUUACUCAUAACAAGAAGCAUUCAUGAUUAUUCUUUAUCUAACUCAAAGAGGGAGACAAUUGAAGAAUCCAUGUCUAAGAAUGGAAUCGAAUUGAUAGCCGAACUCAGAGAUAAUUCAAUAGAUCCAUCAAAAGUUCCAGAUAAAUAUAAAGGAAAUGAUCUCUCCUUAGCCAUGCAAGUUGGUUUCAGAGCUAAAAUAGGAAUUGAAUCAUACAAAGUUCGCAAUGAACUUUCUCAAGAGCAAAACAAUUUUGUUCAAGAAAGAAUUAAUGAAUCAAAAUCAGAUGACUAUCAUGAUGCAAUUUCAGGUUCAUUAUUAUCUGUAAUUAGUUCAAGUGAUCUUAGAGCGAAAGUCAAUCGAGACUUCAAUAAUUGGAUUUCUGAAUAUCUUAUUAGAAAAAUUAUUGAUGCCUCAGGAGAAAUCCUUGAAGAACAACAAAAUUCGUCUGUUAUUGGAGUAUUUUUGUUCCAAAACAGUCAAAAACUUGCAUAUCUCCUCGGUUUACGCGAUGAACAAUUCGAAUUCAUAUUCAACUCCCUUCAAAUGCAUCAAAUAAAAGGAACACCAUCAGAAAGACAAUUCGAAUCUGAAAGAAUUUGUUCGAAUGGUCUUACGCAAAACAGAAUUAAACCAAAUCAACUUGCAAUUAUUCAGAACAUUGUUAAUGCAUAUGAUGCGCAAUUUGAUAUCGACAGUUUUGUUGCUACAAUUUCAAAUGAUGAGCUUAUGGGUCAUAACUUUUUGAAAGAUGAUUUUGAUGAAAUCAAAGACAUAAUCAUUGAAAUGAACAUGAAAUCAGAGUCAGCGGAAAGUUAUAUUAAGUAUGAAGAUCAAAAAACCUAUGUUGGUAAUAAGAUCUUUGAACUUAAUGCUCACCAACAAAACUUAAUUAGAGCUUUGACACCACUUAAUAAGCAAAUGAUUUACUCAAAGUUAACCAGACUCCCAGAAUUUGGCCUUCCACAGAUUAAAAUGAAUGAAAUUGAUAGAAUUAUUGAGUCAAUUUCUGUUGAAAUUGCAAAAGAACAAGCAAGAAUUUCUACUCAUGCAAAUUGUGACUUCGAAUCUCAUGGAAUCGGAAAAGAAAUUCGUACUAACAUUGCUAUCGAUAUCCUUAUGUCAAGACCAAAGCAAUUAACACCUCCAGAACCAGUUCAACAGACAAAUAAUCUCGAUGAAGAUAGUAUUCCACCUGUUAUUCAACCUGAAGAACAGGAACAUAAAGACAUUCCACCAUAUGUACCUCCUAAAAACAUUCCACCAUAUGUACCUCCUAAAAACAUUCCACCAUAUGUACCUCCUAAAAACAUUCCACCAUAUGUACCUCCUAAAAACAUUCCACCAUAUGUACCUCCUAAAAACAUUCCACCAUAUGUACCUCCUAAAAACAUUCCACCAUAUGUACCUCCUAAAAACAUUCCACCAUAUGUACCUCCUAAAAACAUUCCACCAUAUGUACCUCCUAAAAACAUUCCACCAAAUCCACCUCAUCAAGAUAUUCCAAAAUAUAUACCACCUCAGAAUACUGUGUAG